CAUCCAUGAUGAAAAAGCCAGAGGGCAAGGACGCUUUGCCUUUAAGCCGGGGCUGAGCUGCCUCUGGCGAAUUCCGUGCCUCCCAGACUGAAGGGGUUGCUCACCGCCUGCAGCGUUUCUCCUCCUCCUUUUCCAAUCUCCCACCCGGGCCAGCGAAUCUGUUCCCGCCCAUCUGGAGGAGACGCGGCGGACCGGGUAACGCUGGUUAGGGCGAUACAGGAAAGAUCCAACUAAGAUUGUAAAGUAAUUGCAGGCUUUUGUGACUCGUCAAGAUGUUGGAGGAAGAUCUGGAAGUGGCCAUCAAGGUGGUAGUUGUCGGAAAUGGAGCUGUUGGGAAGUCCAGUAUGAUCCAGAGAUAUUGCAAAGGGAUUUUUACAAAAGACUACAAAAAAACUAUUGGAGUUGAUUUCCUCGAAAGAGAAAUGCAAGUCAAUGAUGAAGAUGUCCGACUGAUGCUGUGGGAUACAGCAGGUCAAGAAGAAUUUGAUGCAAUUACAAAAGCUUAUUACAGAGGAGCCCAAGCUUGUGUGCUUGUGUUUUCAACUGUUGACAGAGAGUCUUUUGAAGCAAUCCCUACCUGGAAGGAGAAAGUAGUAUCUGAAGUCGGAGACAUUCCUACAGUGCUUGUUCAGAAUAAGAUUGACCUCCUAGAUGAAUCGUGUAUCAAGAAUGAAGAAGCAGAAGCACUGGCAAAAAAGCUGAAGUUAAGAUUCUACCGAGCAUCUGUGAAGGAGGACUUAAAUGUAACAGAAGUUUUUAGAUAUUUAGCUGAGAAGUAUCUUCAGAAACUCAAGCAACGAAUAGUUGAAGAUCCACAAGUAAUACACACAAGUAGUAACAAAAUUGGUGUUUUCAACACAGCAGGUGGAAGCCAUUCUGGCCAGAAUUCUAACUUGCUUAAUGGUGGUGAUGUCAUCAACCUUAGGCCAAACAAACAAAGGACCAAGAAAAACAGAAGCCCUUUUAGCAACUGCAGCAUACCCUAACACUACUAAAUAGACAGGAGAAGACCGUCUGACACAGCUGUUCAACUGAAGCCCCUGAGGAACACAGCUGGCUGUAGAAGUGUUUUAACUGUGCUUUAGCAAAUGUUGCACCCAUUGGAUCUUGCAUUGAUAGGGGAUAUUCCUGAUGCAGUUAAUUAUCGGUACAUAACGAGACCCCUGGUGGCAUAAAUAUAGAAGCAUUGCCCCACACAUUCAUUUUAUAUUGAAUAGGACAACCUUCCAGUUGAAAGAUACAAUAUAUUAAAGUGAAAAUAGGUUUAAUUUUUUAAAAAAGUUGUUGAAAUACUUAAAUGUUGGUACUGUUAAAGAUAAAAUGGCUUUUUCUACUUACUGACCAAAUAGCUCAUUAGGAACUAAUCAUUUUUAAACUAUCCUGUGCACAUUCUGGCAACAUUGGUGGUGCAAUAUUUAUAUAGCUUAUGAAUUCUAGCUGCAGUGUGCAUAUAUAAAAACUUGGUCAAAGAUUCGGGAUAAUAAAAGGGGCACUUGGUCCAAUUAUAUGUUCCUGAUGACUUCUAAACUGGCAUCCUACAUAUAACUUUAAUUUUUAGAAACCUUUUGAACAAAACUUACUCCAACGGUACUGUGCAUGUUUAACUCUCCCUGCACUGUGGGCCUUCUUUUCUUUUUUAUAAAUUGUACAAUGCCAAAAGCAAGUAUUUAUGCUGCUACAUUUAGAUAUAAUUUAGUAUCAUAUAUAUAUUCUAAACUUUUAAUGAGGCAAGCAUGUGGUACAGCCAGGCAGAACACAUCAAUUCCUUUUUCAAAAAAUAGAACUCUAUACCUUAUAUAUUAAUAUGCUCUUAAUGAAAUAGAAAGAGAUUUGUUAUUGAAAGAUUAAAGGUUUUUUGAGGAAUUUCUCCCAUGCAUGUUGUAAUAUCUGUUGAGCAUCCCAGAUUAAGGGGUUUUCUGUUCUGUUACUUUAAAGAUGCACCUGCUCUUAAUUGUGCUGUAGUGACUGUUGUGCAUGCUGUUAGAGUAAGGCCCACCAAGUUCAUGGGACAUACUCUGUAUAAACCUGCGUAGGAUCAAUUGCCCAUUAAUGUUGGUGUACUUCCAUAAAAUGGGUUGGAUCCCGAGUUAAGCAUCCAUCAUGGGUCUGGUAGAAACAGACUUCCCAGCUCCUUCCUUUCCAUAAUGGGCCCCUGAAAAUACUGUACCAGGUGUCAGGAGGCCCUGCUGAAUGGGGUGGGCUGUGAAGGAUAUCUUUAGAGAUUCUCUGUCAGCACCCCAUGCCACAACCCACCCCAUUCAGCAGGGCCUCCCAACACUUGGAACAUUUUCAGGGGGCUUGGGAUGAGGGUAUUAGGCUUCUUUUUCAACAUCACAUGCUGCAAGAUCACUUGUAAAACUUUAACCCUAGUUUUUUUUGUUGUAGCAUGUAUUUAUAAUAUUGAUUCUGCUUACAUGUUGUUGUGUAAUAUUUUUGCAGUAUUUCUGUAGCAAUGUUCUGCCACUACCAAAUUACUCUGAUUCUGAGAAAUGUUGGAAUAUCAGUAGUUUAGGAACAUGCUUCCGUUCAAGGACAAAUAACAUGACCUCGAGCUCUACCAACUGAAUUGUACAGUUCUUUUGAAUAAUUACCUCUUUUUAUGGAUAUUACUUUAAGAUACCAUAUCAAUUCUUUUCCCUAACUGUAUUCAUCAAUAUUGAAAUAUUGUAUUGAACUAGGAGAUCAUCCUGCAGUAAGUGUUAUAUUUUGGGAGAAGGCUUCUAACCUUCCAUGAAUGUACAUAUACUAAAACUAACAUCUGUGCAUUUUUUCCCAGUGGAGUCUUGCCCUAGCUGUCUCUUCACAUGGCAUGAAAAGCAGAGGGUUACCCAUAAUGAAUAACACAGGAUUCUUCUACUUUUCUUAACCAUUCCCAUUGCUGGCAAUGAGGGAGGCAUUGCAGUCAUCAAUCCCUUUUUUCAUUUUGAACUGUUGGAUUAAGUACCUUAUUUUUAACAAGUGCAUUUAGUCACUGGAUGGCUGUAGAUGUACGGGUCCAAAUUGUAUUAAGCCUUGUUUUAUGGGACAAAUGCAGGGGCAUAUAAGUAAGUCCACUGUCAGUUUAAUAUCUAAGGCUCUAUGUGCACAUUAUUUUUAUAUGAAAAUUUUUACAUUAAACUAGUAGCCUUACAUGUUUUGUACUUGUGAA